AUGUUGGAAAUAAGUCGAAUUUAUCUUAGUAGUGGCUUAUUAUUGGCUAUUUUUACAUUAAUAUUUCAUAUCAUCGCCAUGGAAUAUCCACGAUGGAAAAUCUAUGAACAUCGUCGAAAUCCUAACGAAACUAUGUUUAUUGGUUUAUUUCAUCGUUGUGAAAAUCGAUUUCUAAAUGGUAUUUUGAAUACAAGUAAAAUCUAUCUUGUUUGUGAUAACAAUAAAUAUUUACCAUCCAAUAAAAAUUUAUCAACCUUGAUACAUAAAGUUCAGCCAGCCGAAGCUCAACGUCUUUGCAAUAUAGCUGGUAAUCCUUAUGAUUGUGAUUAUUCUUCCAUAAACAAAACUUUUAUAUCAAGCACAAUUAUAUCCAUAAUUACGCUUUGUUUAUCGAUUAUUUCAAUCUAUUUACACUUACUUAUUAAUCAAUUUAAAUAUAAAACUCAUGUUGGUGUAGCCAUUACAACUAUAUCGCUUUUAUUUAUUGCAUUUAUAUGUAAUCUUAUCACACUUAUUUUACUUAGUUCAACAAUGUCAUUUGAUUUAUUUGAAUAUCGUUAUAAUUUAAAUUAUCGUUUAAUUGAAAAAAACCAUCGAAAUUCAACUAAUGAUUUUGAGCAAAAUAUUCGUCAAAUAGCUGCUAGUGAUUAUGAUAUUCGACUUGAUUGGUCAGCUGGCUUAGAGAUUAUUUCAUUAAUAUUAUCAAGUUUUACAUUAGUAUCGCAAAUUCUCUAUCUUUUCUCUACAUAUAGAAAUCGUAUCGGUUAA